GACAAGGGCACAAGCGGCCAAAGCAAGUGCAACGCUUUGCAGCUUUUCCGUUUCUGCCCAGGCCAAAGCGAAGCGGCCAGCCAAAAGGGCCACGUCCCGCACCGCAGUGGCUGCUGCCGGUGUCCGUCCUUGCCUCGCAUUUACCACUCACCCUCUCCCUCUUCUCCUUUCAUCAACACCGAGAAGAACACAGGCAAGCUCGCAGGCAGGCGCACUUGCUCGCACGCCGCUUUCUCUUUCUCUUUCUCUUCCGCCCGGAGAUCUUUUCCCCCUGCCGCUCCCUCCCUCCCCUGCUCGUCGGCGGUGGAGUCCCGCGUCGUCGCUGUUGCUGUUCCUGCUGCUGCGAGGAUUUGAGGAGAGAUGCGGAUAGGAGACUGAGAAGAUAGAAGAGGAGAGAGAAAGAAAAGAGGGGUGAGAGAGAGAGAGAGAGAGGUGUGAUAUCUUUUUGAGGUAGUAGCUUUUUUGGAUGGUGGAAAUGGAGAAGAGGGAGAAGCUGGUGGUUGGGCUCACAAGGAGACACAUGAUAAGGAGUGUCUGCUCCUCUUCUCCUCCUCCUGCUGAUUGCAACAGAAACGGGAGCGAAGGUCGAGGUCACAAGGCAGCAUUGAGGCAGAAGAAGUUAAAGGCUAAGACCUUGAAGUGGAGAUCAAGCAACAAAGACAAGAACAGCAAGGUAGAGGCAGGAAGGUAUGAUGGAGUCUAUGAUGAUACAGUCCGCUCACAGACUACAGCCAGCUUCAGCAGCCUGAUUAGUUUGAAAAGAGUGAGGACCCUUGGAAAGGUGCCUGGGCACUGUGAUGCUGUUGAUCCACCAGUUCCAAGAAAAUUAAGAUCAGCCAUAAAUAAGCGAGUCGGGCGAUUUGUUUCUGCAUCAUCCCGGCAUGUCAAGAAGAGACGUCAUCUUUCGGCUAUCAGUACUCAGAUUUCUUUUGUGGAUCAGGAAACAAGAUUCAAUGAAAGCUUGUUAUUUACAGAAGAGGAGGAAAUAAUCGCUAAUGCUUUGCUGUCCCUAUCUGACAUAUCCUCUCUUUGUGAGCUCACCAGCGACAAGGCUAUAGCAGAUAGCUCAAACAUAAAUGUUGCCUCAACUUCUUAUUCAGAAGGAGCUACUAAGGAGGGUGACGAAAUAAUCAUAUUGCCAAGUGCUGGUAAUGAACUGGCUGACCAAGCUGCCUGCAUAGAUAAACUAGUGGAACGAACCGGCAGCGUUCCAUAUGUAAAUCCAGUGCCUGGGGCUACAAAUCAACACAACAAUAUAAAUCCACCUUCGUCAGAGAAUGAGCAAAUACAGGAUCUUUCUUUGGGAGUUGUCACGAAUUUGCCAAGCCCGUCUAAAGACUCAUCCAAUAACAGCGUGCAAAAGCAGCUGAAAGUGCAAUUUGGUGAUAGUCAAAGUUAUCCAGCACAGAAGCCAGAGGCUCCUCUUUGGCUGGUAAAUUCUAACAAAUCUGAUAGCGUGGUACAUGAGAGGGAAAAGGCCAAGAAUAAUUGUGCACAAGGUGCUCCUGAAAUUGCGCCUCUGGUCCAGACUCCACAGCCUUGUACCCCAGAUGAGUACUUAAUAAAGCCCUCUUCAAACAAAUUGGCUGCUUGCACAAAUACUGUUUCUGAAACCUGUAAAGUUUCUGGAUCUGGAAAUCAUGACAAGCUUUCCCUGGUUAAAAAUGUCAGCCCAACAAAGGUAUGGAAGAGAAGUAUUACCCAUGUGUAUGUGAGUCAUGUAAUCCAAAUGCAUUUGAACAAGGAGAAGGCACCCCAAAACCAAGUAAAACCAGAGGAAAUAUCACACACCCACACUUCAAGGUCUCCAAAUAGCUCUACCUUACACAAGAACAAUGCACAAGAUGAGACAUUCUAUGCCGUGCAUUUCAAUGUACGGCUCCCAGUUCAGCCAUCUACUGGCAUCUGCGACAUGAGUGCUGGUCGGCAAAAGAUGGUCAGUGGUAAUUUCCUGAACUUGCCCACUUCGACGGCGUUACCCGGGGCGCAACAUGUUCAGUACUUGCAUCCUCAGAUCGCACCACGGGGUGCGAUGCCGUACCCAUUUCCACAUCUUCCUUAUAGCAGAGGGAAUUUGGCACCUGCUGCAGCACUUCAGCAGCAGAUACCACAGUACGUGUGCAAUCCAGGCUACGCUCCGCGCCCCAGCCUUCCCACAAGCUCAUCAGCCAUGAUGAAGCUUCAGCAACUCAUACCAACUCAGCAGCAGCAGCAGCAGAUGUGGCAAUUCCAUGUCCCUCAGUACCAUCCAAGGCCGGAUGCUGCGCCACCGGCAGCAGCAUGGCACAGCAUGUCUUCCCUGCGGCCAAUGCCCAUGCUUCCUCCCCCGGCGAUGCCGCCGCAGAUGGAGCUCUUCUGCGCGCCGUAUCAGGGCGGCAGCAGGCAGCCGCAGCAGCUCAGGUUGAUCUAGUAUAGUGUCAGAUGCACUAAUUUAGUGUGCUGCUGCUGACGUGGAAGUGAGGUGUUAAGCUUUUCAGAAAAGGAAAAAAAAAAUAAUCCAUGGUGUUGUGUUUAACUUGUGCAAAGGACUGUUAGAGCUGAAAGGGGGGCUAAACUGUAAUUAACAAAAUUUGCAGUGCAGUUGCAUAAUACAAUGCUCUCUCUCAGUUUGGGCAUUUUCUUAGUCAGCAAAA